CUCAAAAAUACACUGUUGCCCGCCGCCUCCAGGACACGGCCAUGGACGCCCCCAAGAGAAAGAGAGACAGGACAAACACGGCCAAAACCGCACGACCUCAUCUUCAACAAGAAGAAGACGAUGAUGCCAAAAUUAAGAAGAAACUGAAGAGAGCCGAGGUUGGCUUCAAUGGAGAAAUUGGCCAUGGAAAAAGCAGCUCAGGGAUUAUGAGCGCUGAGACCUUUUCUUCCCUUUCGAUAUCUGGGCCCACCAAGAACGCCAUUAAGGACAUGGGUUUUCAGUACAUGACCCAGAUCCAAGCUAGAGCGAUUUCGCCCCUACUCGAAGGCAAAGAUGUGCUUGGGGCUGCAAGGACUGGCUCUGGGAAAACCCUCGCCUUUCUAAUACCAGCUGUUGAGUUGUUGUACAAUGUCAAUUUCGCUCCAAGAAAUGGGACUGGUGUUAUUGUCAUUUGCCCCACUAGGGAGUUGGCCAUGCAGCCUUCAUCUUUGUGGUGCAAACAGACUCAUGCUGUGGCAAAGGACCUUCUGAAGUACCAUUCGCAAACAGUUGGACUGGUAAUUGGUGGCUCGGCUCGUAAAGCAGAAGCUGGAUUACUUUCCAAAGGAGUAAAUCUCUUGGUAGCAACCCCUGGUCGACUUCUUGACCAUCUUCAGAACACCAAAGGCUUUAUGUAUAAGAACCUAAAGUGCCUCAUGAUUGAUGAAGCUGAUAGAAUUUUGGAAGCCAAUUUUGAGGAGGAAAUGAAGCAAAUCAUUAAAAUUCUGCCCAAGGUACUUACUUAUAGCCAGGCUAUGGCCUAUGGGUUGGCGAGACAAACAGCACUUUUCUCCGCCACACAAACAAAAAAGGUUGAGGAUCUUGCACGUUUAUCAUUUGAGACAAGUCCUGUCUACAUAGAUGUGGAUGACGGAAGGAAGAAGGUUACCAAUGAUGGGCUCAAGCAAGGCUAUUGUGUUGUCCCAACUGCCCAGAGAUUUCUUCUUCUCUAUGCCUUCUUGAAGAGGAAUUUGUCGAAGAAAGUGAUGGUUUUCUUUUCCUCUCGCAUGUCGGUAAAGUUUCAUGCGGAGCUUCUUAGAUACAUUCAGAUUGAUUGUCUCGAUAUCUAUGGCAAGCAAAAGCAGCAGAAACGAACCUCAGCAUUUUUCGAUUUCUGCAAAGCUGAGAAGGGCAUCUUAUUAUGCACUAACGUAGCUGCACGUGGUCUUGAUAUUCCUAAUGUGGCUGCAAAAGUGCCCCUCAAAGAGUAUGAGUUUGAUCAGAAGAAGUUACCCAACGUCCAAUCCCACCUGGAAAGGCUGGUCUCAAACAACUAUUAUCUGAACAAAUCGGCUAAAGAUGCGUACAAAUCUUAUCUUGAGUCAUACAAAGGGCAUUCUACGAAGGACAUUUUUAAUAUACACCGGCUUGAUCUACAGGCUGUGGCUGCUUCAUUUUGUAUUCAUAAUCCUCCCAAGGUGAACUUAAACAUGGAUAGUAUUGUGUCCAUGAUCAGGAGGAAAACACAUCAAAGUAAAUUGAGCAGACAUGGUUUUAGCAAUAGAAAUCCAUAUUGGAAGAAAAACUGAAUAUGACAACAAAAGACAUUUUGUUAGGUAUUAAUUAUGCAACUCUCAUUUACCUUUGUGAGCAUUCAUUUAGACAUGUUGGUAAAGGAAUGACACUCAGAUAGAAAUAGUUGGUUCCUCUGUCUUGGAGUGAGUGAUUUUGUUUUAUUUAGAGGCACUUUUUUUUUUGGAGCGC